CCAUAGAAAUAGAAAAAGAGAAAUGUUGAUACUGCAUGAUCGCACGAGUUUAGAAAAUGAUUGAAUAUUUUCCACUUUCAUCUACUCUUCUCCUUCCUGCUGCUAUUUUAACACCAUCGGCUGUCAUCAUCUCUACUGUACUCGCUGCUUCGAGCAAGAAAGAGGCCCUGCGACUCCAUAUUGAUCGCCUCAUUUUAACACCAACUUCGAGAUAGCAUCGCGAAGAGGAUCGAUCCACGCCUCUCUGAGAAAGAUUGUUCCACCAAGUACCAGACAUGGGCGUGACGUUCUCCUUCCCCAUUGCUUGCUACGCAGCCAUCAAUGGUGGUUUGGAAGCUAUCCUCAGUUUAGGCUUGGGGUCUUCUAUUCAUGGCAAGUUACUAUUCCAAGGAUCAAUGAGCCUCGAUGGACGAGAGAUGGAUCCUCCCCCUGAGCCAGACAAAUCCAUAAAGCCUCAUGAUCCCGAAAUCAAAAGGCCUGGCCAUUUGAGGAAGAGGUCUCUGGACUCCAUCUUGGUCCAACACGGCAGCCCCAAGCAUGAGGCUGCUGUGAAGCUACAGAAGGUCUACAAGAGCUUUAGGACGAGGCGACAGCUCGCAGACUGCGCCGUCCUCGUCGAGCAGCGCUGGUGGAAGUUGCUAGAUUUUGCACUGCUCAGGCGGAGUUCGGUGUCGUUUUUCGACAUCGAGAAGCAAGAGUCCGCGGUUUCACGAUGGUCCCGGGCGAAAUCCAGAGCUGCCAAGGUAGGGAAAGGUUUGUCAAAGGAUGAGAGAGCUCAGAAACUUGCUCUGCAGCAUUGGCUCGAGGCAAUCGAUCCGCGACACCGUUACGGUCACAAUCUCCAAUUCUACUAUGAUCGUUGGCUGCAGUGCGAGAGCAUGCAGCCCUUCUUCUACUGGCUUGAUGUCGGAGAAGGAAAGGAGGUCAACCUCGAACAGCAUUGCACGCGAUCGAAGCUUCAACAACAAUGCAUCAAGUAUCUCGGCCCUAAGGAAAGGGAAGCCUAUGAAGUUAUUAUCGACGACGACGAUGGAAAAUUCUUAUACAGACAGAGUAGGCAAGUGUUAGACACGAGUGAUGGUCCAAAAGGUGCUAAGUGGAUUUUCGUAUUGAGCACAUCGAAGAAAUUAUAUGUUGCUGAGAAGAAGAAAGGAACGUUUCAGCAUUCUAGUUUUCUGGCCGGCGGAGCCACUUCGGCCGCCGGCCAAUUGGUAGUAGAAGAUGGAAUCCUGAAGGCUGUGUGGCCUCAUAGUGGCCAUUACCGCCCGACGGAGAAGAACUUCCAGGAGUUCAUGAGGUUCCUUGAAGAAAACAAUGUGGAUCUUACUGAUGUGAAGAGAAGUCCAACUGAGGAGGAUGGUGAGCACAACCGAUCGGAAAUUGGAGUCGAUUCACCUCAAUUAGCUUCGUUUAAGCAAUUAAACAUCGAUUGCUCAGCACGAACCUGCAUACCAUCGGAGCUGAUUCUUCGAAGGAUAAAUUCGAAAAAGGUAAUUAAAUCGUAUCAGUUGGGGAAGAAGCUCUCCUGCAAGUGGACAACCGGCGCAGGGCCGCGGAUCGGCUGCGUGCGGGAUUAUCCGUCGGAGCUUCAAUUUCAAGCCUUGGAGGAAGUAAAUAUAUCGCCGAGAAGCCCCAGAAACUCGAGAUUUCGUUCGCCGGGCCUUGCCAUUUGCCAAGUGCCCAAGUCUAACUGUCUAAGGAAGGAUGAAACAUCCUCGCAGAAGGAAUUCUAGAUGUUGAAAAGCAAAAAUUAAAAGCAUUCAAUUCAUUUAUUUGGUA